AUGGUUGAUAUACAGCAUCUGGGUAUCACGGACAAUGAUUUUCUGACAACUCCAGAGCAGGAUAUUGUCGAUCAACUUCACAGCACGAUGUACCGUAACAAAGAAGGACGAUACGUUGUGGAGUACCCGAUAAAGUAUUGUAUUCGGCAGCUGGAUUCACAAUUCCCAGCAGCGUUGACCAGACUGAAGUCAACUACUGAGAAGUUGAAGAAGGACCCAGCAUUGUGGAAAACAGUUCAAGAGACGAUUCAGAAGCAAUUGGACGAUGAAAUCAUCAGUGAAAUCAACGUGGAUGAUCCUUUGCCUCAGGACAGCCUUCCACCGCAUUACCUACCUCAUCACUUGGUAAAGAAGGAUUCAGCUACGCCGGCAUAUAGAAUGGUACUGGAUCCGACUUGUAAGUCGAAGCAAUAAGGACUAAGUUUAAAUGAUCGUUUAUACAAGGAAAAGCCGGAGUUGCCAACUAUAUUUGGCAUAAUAUACUAAGGUACUAGUUAUUGCGGACGUGGAAAAAGCCUUCCAUCAAGUCGAGAUAGCACCUAAACAUCGUGCUAUUUGUCGAUGGUUGAUGGUAAAGGACUUGAACAAGCCAGUGACAGCCCAUAACAUCAGAGUCUUCGAGUUCAACAGGCUCUCAUUUGGAUUGGUGCCAUCCCCCUUCAUGUUACAGGAGGUAAUCAAGGAGCACGUUAUGCAGAACGCUGGCGAACUUGGCCCAGAGACCAUGAUGAACAUGUACGUCGACAAUUUAAGCUUUCAAGCUGCUGAUGAUGAAGAAGCUUAA